AUGGAAUUGAAGAAGAAGAAGAAGAAGAAGAAGAAGAAUCAUAAUAAAAGAGCUUUCAUUAUUUUCCGCUUUGCUCCACCGUCGCUCCUCUGCUUCCAUAUAGAUCCGUCCGGAAGCAGCAACGGAGUAGUGGCUGGAUCUGGGACGGGACUCAAGGAUCUGCCUUACAACAUCGGUGAUCCUUAUCCUUCUGCCUGGGGCUCCUGGAAUCACUUUCGUGGUACCUCCAAGGAUGAUGGAUCUCCAGUUUCAAUAUUUGCUCUUUCUGGGAACAGUGCUCAAGAUGGACAUUUGGCUGCUGGGAGAAAUGGUGUCAAGCGCCUUCGUACAGUGAGACAUCCAAAUAUACUUUCGUUUCUUCAUAGCACGGAGGUUGAAACGCAUGACGGUUCUACUUCCAAGGUUACGAUCUACAUUGUCACAGAGCCUGUUAUGCCGCUGUCCGAAAAGAUAAAGGAGCUAGGCUUGAAAGCCACACAGAGGGAUGAGUAUUUUGCACUGGGGCUACACCAGAUAGCUAAAGCUGUGAGCUUCCUGAACAAUGACUGCAAACUUGUGCAUGGAAAUGUCUGUCUGGCGAGUGUUGUUGUUACACCUACUUUGGACUGGAAACUCCAUGCUCUUGAUGUUCUAUCAGAGUUUGAUGGGAGCAAUGAAUCUGCAAGUGGACCUAUGCUGGUACUCUUCAUUCACUAUCGUUGUCUUAUUUAUGAACUCUUCUCGGGCUCUAAGCUGGGGAAAACAGAGGAGCUGCGUAACACUGUCGGCAUUCCAAAGUCUCUGCUUCCAGAUUAUCAGCGACUCCUAAGUUCCCUGCCAUCUCGCAGAUUGAACACCUCAAAACUUUUAGAAAAUGGCGAGUAUUUCCAAAAUAAGCUGGUGGACACCAUACAUUUUAUGGAUAUUCUUAACUUGAAAGACAGUGUUGAAAAAGAUACUUUCUUCCGCAAACUUCCAAAUGUUGCUGAACAGCUUCCUCGGGAGAUCGUGCUUAAGAAGCUUCUUCCUUUAUUAGCGUCUUCCCUUGAAUAUGGUUCAGCUGUUGCCCCUGCUUUAACUGCCUUACUUAAGAUGGGUUCAUGGUUAUCAACUGAAGAUUUCAGUGUCAAGGUACUGCCAACAAUAGUCAAGCUUUUUGCUUCUAAUGAUCGAGCUAUUAGAGUGUCUCUUUUGCAACAUGUUGAUCAAUUUGGAGAAUCAAUGUCAGGUCAAAUUGUUGAUGAGCAAGUAUACCCUCAUGUUGCUACGGGAUUUGCGGACACAUCUGCUUUUCUACGAGAGCUGACUCUUAAAUCGAUGCUCGUUUUAGCUCCAAAGCUUUCUCAGCGUACACUUUCCGGAUCCCUCUUAAAAUACCUUUCCAAAUUACAGGUGGAUGAAGAGCCUGCAAUCAGAACCAAUACCACUAUAUUACUCGGGAACAUUGCCACCUACCUUAAUGAAGGGACAAGGAAAAGAGUUUUGAUUAAUGCUUUUACAGUGCGUGCUCUGCGUGAUACAUUUCCACCUGCUCGAGGGGCAGGUAUUGUUGCAUUAUGUGCCACGAGUUCUACUUAUGACGACACUGAGAUAGCAACUAGGAUUCUUCCAAACAUUGUUGUGCUAACCAUUGAUCAAGACAGUGAGGUUCGAGCGAAGGCAUUUCAAGCUGUAGAACAGUUUCUUCAGAUACUGAAACAGAACUAUGAGAAGACAAACGCUGGAGAGACUGGAGCCACAGGAGGAGCCUCAGCCAUACCUGAAACUGCCGGUCUGAUCGGAUGGGCUAUGAGUUCUUUGACCCUCAAGGGUAAGCCAUUAGAGCAAGCGCCUCUUGCUUCUUCUUCUUCAGCACCAUCCCUAGCCUCUGCAGCCUCAAAUGCUGCAAGCAGCACAGCAACAGAGGCGCCAAGUGUCAAAGCCAGUCAUCACACACGUUCCAACUCGGACUUCACAGAUCAACCCGCACCACCAUCCCCAACAUCAACAGAUGGUUGGGGAGAUGUCGAGAAUGGCAUAAGCGAAGGUCAUGAUAGCGACAAAGACGGUUGGGAUCUCGAACCUCUCGAUGAACCAAAACCUUCCCCAGCUCUCUCAAACAUUCAAGCAGCUCAAAAACGACCUGUGUCUCAGCCCUCUAGACCUGCAGCUGCAAGCUCAAGACCAAAGAUUAGCACGGUGAAAUCAGCAGCGAAAUCCGAAGACGAUGAUUUGUGGGGAUCCAUAGCUGCUCCUCCGCCUGCAACGUCUUCAAGACCGUUGAACUUGAAGAAGACAGUGCAAUCUGAUGAUGAAGACCCUUGGGCUGCCAUCGCUGCUCCUAUACCAACCACCAGGGCAAAACCUUUGUCUUCUGGUCGUGGCCGAGCAGCCAAACCUGCAGCUCCCAAACUUGGUGCCCAACGCAUUAACCGAACCUCGUCUGGAAUGUGA